AUGUCGCUCUGUGCUUCCUGCUUGGAAGUGGGCUCUUUUAGCCAAGCCAAGGCUACAGGUCAAUUGACCAAGCUGGGCAAGUUCGACGCUUACAUCACGGGAGAUGAAAAGAGCGACAAGGCGGUCAUCAUCGUUCCCGACGUCUGGGGUUACUCCUUCAACAAUGUUCAUGUAGUCGCGGACAAGUUUGCCAGCCACAUUGGUGCCAGGGUCUACAUUCCCGAUUUCCACAACAACGAAGAUUUCAACAAGCAGAGACUCGCAUCGCCUGACCCUGCCAACUUCAAGCCCGCAGUGGGAGAUUUUCUUGCAAAGUACCACCCGAGAGAUGCGGCGUGGCCGUCGGUCAGAGAGGCGGUGGACGAGAUCAGAAAGGUGCAGAAGCCAAAGAAGGUCGGAGCUGUGGGCUACUGCUGGGGCGCCCCUUCCAUUCUUCAUCUGGGCUCAGCAGCAGCGGGAGCUUCCAAAGUAGACGCGGUCGCCUUUGCCCAUCCAUCCCUCACCGAGACGUCCGACUUUGAAGCUCUUCAAGUUCCCGGAUUGUUUGUGCUGGCGGAGCACGAUCAGAUUUUCACGCCGGAGAAGAAGGAAGCGGCUCAAGAAGCGACAAAGAAGUUUGCAAAGCAGGGCGGACCAUUGGCUACGUGGGUCUGGUACCCCGGAGUCACGCAUGGCUUCGCCAUUCGAGGAGACGAGAGUGACGCUUACACAGCUCAGGCUAUGGGCGCAGCUGCGAACCAAGUGGCGAGCUUCUUUGGCGCUCAGCUCGCUUGA